UAAUCUUCAAGAUUUCCUAACCUGCAAAGGCCCAAAGCAAACCAAACAUCAGAGGUUAGGGUUUCUGUCACUUUUCCCCAAUUCUCUGUUUUCUCCCCACUUUACAGUUGGAGAAUAGAAGGAUUUUAGGUUUUGAUUUCGAGUGACGCAUCGCUUUAAUGGGUCGACGUCGGCUAAUCAAAACCACCGUAGCAGAUGCAAGUAGGGAUUUAAUAAGUCCUUUGCCGGUAGAGAUAAAGCACAGAAUUUUGGAGUGUUUGCCCACCCGAGAUGCUACCAGAACUGCUCUACUUUCAACCCACUGGAAUGAUGUUUGGUUGCAGCAUGUGAGGCUUGCGUUCGAUUGGGAAUUCUCAUAUAGUGUCGAACAGGGCCACUAUGAUAAAGGCAAAACUCUCGUUGACAUAAUAAAUAAUAUUCUCCUUUCCCGUGCUGGACCGGUUAAGAAAUUUACUCUACAUAUUGAUGAAGAUUAUUAUAGGCAGUCUGAUUUAGAUAGUUGGUGUCUUUUUCUAUCAAGAAAUGGUGUGGAGGAGCUUAUCAUAAAAUUUUUUAAUACUGGAGAGGAUGAAUAUAAGCUGCCAUUUUGUAUACUGUCGUGCCGGACAAUUAAGCAACUGAGUGUCGAAGGUCCCUUUAUUGAUUUGCCGGUAAAUAAUGUUGGUGGUAUAUUUUCGAAUGUCACUUCAUUAUUUUUCUCAGAGUGUUGAAUUUAGGCCCACUGUUAAUGGAACUGCCUCUAGCAUUAGUAUUCCUAACCUUGAGAAGCUGGCUUUCUUUAAUUGUGGAGGGAUCAGUAAAUUUGAGAUCAGCGCUUCAAAACUUGAAUGGUUGUCUGUUCGUUAUUCUAUGCGUGAUGUGGUUGAAUCAAGAUGGUUGGCACCACAUUUGAAAGCAAUUAAGAGCCUUUGGUUGUGUGGCUCUUCCUUGUUGUAUGUGGACGCAUCUUUGUUUGCAACUGCAAUAAAUCUCCAAGUACUGGGGUUGUAUUACUUAAGUUUAGGUUGUGGGAAGCAGCUCACCGCGGCUAUGAAAUUGCUUCAAAAAUACCCCAACCUAUGUGAACUGGGAAUUGAUCAGGAUUUAUGCAAACGUGAUGAAGAAGCAGCUUUAAGACUUUUGGAGGAUACAGAUGGUUGCUUUAUUGUUCAGGAUCUAAAGAUGCUUAACACAAUCAAGAUUGAAUCAUUUAGGGGAUCCACAGUCGAAAUGCUUUUUGUAAAAAUGCUGCUCUCAAAAUCUCCGGCACUAGAGAAAGUUAUUCUUAUGGUCAUGGAAUCUCGUGAUAUUGACACAAGGGAGUUGUUGCGUUUUCCUCGUGCAUCUCCAAAAGCCAAAAUUAUUUGCAUGGAACACGAUGGCUCCAUGUUUGGUUGUGCCAUGGGCGAAAUGUGAUCAAUGGGGAUUUGUUAAGAGUGUGCCAAAAGAUGCAAAGGUGAUAAAAGCGUAGCUUUGGUGAACAUGAUAAAUGAUGUUGGAUCUUUUGUGCCAUGCCGGCAGCCGUGUUAAGAAAUUUACUCUAUGCACUCCCUGUGGAGUAAGGAACUGAUUCUAUUGGCAAUUACGAUUUCUUUUUUCUUAAUAUCGUCAUGGUUGUACUUAAUUUUCAUUUCAUGUUGAGUUGUAGACAUUUUUAUAUGUUGAGAUAAGACUUUCGGAGGAUCUUAUUGAUUAGGAUCCAAAAAGUCUUAACACAUUGAUGAUUGAGUUGAUUUAGGAAAUAAACAUUCAAAAA